GCCGAUCCUCGCUUGCCAGCCACUCGCAAUUGCGGUUACAGACCUGCGGCUCCCCUCCCCCUCCCAGGCCUGCCCGGCAGCCUUUCUGUCUCCUCUCUCCCUCCGUACUGGACGGCUCGGGUCUAUUUCCGGGCUCCGGAUAUUUGGUAUCGAUGAGGGCUGGGGUCGCGGAGCAGGUGGCUGUGUUCGGGCAGCUGGACGCGUAGCCUGCUGUGCCGGAGUCUGUCUCCCGUCGCCUUUGUCGCCAGCCCUUGCCCGGCCGGCCCACUUCCUCCUCCCGGACCGCGCGCGCUGCCGGCCGGACUUCGCGCCGCGUCGGGCACUGCUGCUGCGCUGUGGGGCCCGCUCGGUGCGGGCGCCGGCCGGGAAGCGGAGGCGAGGGACAGCCAGGACCCCGGCCCAAUAUGGCUGAAGUCAGUAUCGACCAGUCCAAGCUGCCAGGAGUUAAGGAAGUAUGCCGAGAUUUUGCUGUCCUGGAGGACCACACCUUGGCUCACAGCCUGCAGGAACAGGAGAUUGAGCAUCAUUUGGCGUCAAACGUUCAGCGGAAUCGUUUGGUCCAGCAUGAUCUCCGGGUGGCUAAGCAGCUCCAAGAGGAAGAUCUGAAAGCCCAGGCUCAGCUUCAGAAGCGCUACAAAGACCUUGAACAACAAGACUGUGAAAUUGCUCAGGAAAUUCAGGAGAAGCUGGCUAUUGAGGCAGAGAGACGACGCAUUCAGGAGAAGAAGGAUGAGGACAUAGCUCGCCUCUUGCAAGAAAAGGAGUUACAGGAAGAGAAAAAGCGAAAGAAACAUGUUCUAGAGUUCUCUGGAGCCAAUGUUUAUGGAGAUAAUUACUGUUACGAAGAUGGAGACCAGCCAAGGUCAAGGAGGGCUGGGGAAUUGGGUUCUGGAUUAUCAAGGUCUUGUAGACUCCACAGUGAUGGAAAGACUGCGAAACAAAGGAAGGAGAAACUGAAACACUCACUGGAGAACUCGGAAGAGCUGGAAGAACAGUGUUCAUCAGAGAGACCCCUGUCAUCCUGUAGCAGGGGCGAAGUGAGAGGUGAUCCCCAACUUAACUGUGAGCAGCAUGAAAGGAAACGGUCUGGUCAGGAGAGGCUCCGGAGACCUCCCCUUCCCAAGAUCAGUGGUGAGGUGUUCCUGAGCACUGAAUGUGAUGACUGGGAGGCUAAGAGUAGCCAUCGAACUCGGAAUUGGGAAAAACGCCCUCGACACCAAGACCGACUUUCUCCCAACUCUUCACAGAAAGCAGGGCUUCACUGCCAGGAAGCUGUAUAUGGGAGGGACCUUGGGCCAGGUGAGCUCAGAAAAAGGAGACACAGACCCAGGUCUCCUCCCUUCUCAGAGAGUGAAGAGCAGCUUCACCUUCAGAAUCCAGGAAUGAAGCCAAGAAUGGUAAAAGAAACUGUCUCGUCUCCACCACGAGUGACCCACAGGGAUCAGGAAUGGUAUGAUGCUGAAAUUGCCAGAAAGCUGCAAGAAGAAGAACUUUUGGCUACCCAGGUGGACGUGAGAGCAGCUCAGGUAGCCCAGGAUGAGGAAAUUGCUCGACUUCUGAUGGCUGAAGAAAAGAAGGCUUACAAGAAAGCCAAGGAGAGGGAGAAAUCAUCUUUGGACAAAAGAAAGCAUGAUCCCGAAUGGAAGCCCAAAACACCUAAAUCAGCACACUCAAAGUCAAAAGAAAGUGAUGAACUUCACCGUUCUAAGAAUGACAGGCCAGCACGGCCACCACCACCCACCACGACAGAUGCUGAGGAUCUGGAUUACACUCAUCAUACAAACCAGCAGAGUUCCACACGUCAUUUCUCAAAAUCAGAGUCCUCUCACAAAGGUUUUCAUUAUAAGCAGUAAAAAUCUAGGAAUCUGCUUCAAAAAUGGACUCACUAUAGCAAAUAUUACUGGAUGAUACAGAAUGCAUUCUACACUUAUUUUUUCUUCUCAUGUUUGCAUUCCUGGGAUUUAUCCUCCAGUGUUUUUUGACCGUGAAUAUUUUUAAUUCAUUUCAUACGUUUUGGUUAUUUUUGAUCACUUGGGCAGUGUAAGAAAAUGUAGCUUCUGAAUAUUGGCCAUCUCUAUGCUGCAUAUACUUCCUGGGAUGUAGUGUCUAAGAGCUCUGUAAAAUACCAUCUUGUUAGGUAUGGAGCAUUAGUAUCUAGGGACGAGGCUUUAUUUAGCAAUUUGAAUUUUAUGGAGAUGAAUGUUCAAAGUAAAACAUAGUGCUCGGAUGCAAUGAAGAAUAAAAGAAUAUAAGAAAUAG